UCCAGUUUGGCAGAUUCUGAGCUCUUUGGGUCUCAGUUUUGGCAUGAAAAUUCUCAAGGCAACUCUGAGGACAUGAAUUUGUUAUUCAAGAGCUCCCAGCAAAGUUCGCAAGAGGAGAGUGUCCCAAGGUUUAUAACCAAUUAUCACACUAAGCCGCUCCUAUUAGGAGACGUUAAUGAUGAAAAAUCUAUCUAUGGAAUACUUGACAAAUUUGAGGAGGACAGAAAAAAGGUGGAAGAAAAAAAAAACAGUGACUUUUUAGCCAAAGAGUUGCAACAUGUCAGAGAGACUCUUGUCAAGAUGGCGGACACAGAAAAAACAUUUUCAUCAACAUUGCAAAACAGUUUGAAGAGUCUUCAAGAUGACAUCUCCCAGAAGUUUGACACCUUGGUAGAUAAAGUAAACUCUCACGAAGAGAUGAUGGCAGCACUGCAGGAAAGAGUGCAGGUCAUGAAUAAUAAUGGGGGCACCACGGCAGACCUCGACUCACACUUCAAAAGCUUAGAGAGUGGUUUGGAGCAUCUGAAAGAGGACCAGGGAAGACAAAACCAUGGGCUUGAAGAGGCCCUCAAGCAUCUCAGUGCUUCACUCUCUGAGCAUUCAAAGAGACGCAGCGCUGAGGGUCUGAUGGACAGUGCAAUCCAGACGUCACCAGGGCUGUCCAACUUUCUGCAGGCUCGCCAGCUGGAAGUCGCACCGCGUACACAUCCAUCAUACAACCUUCAACAACAUCAGAAAGCCAGCAGUGGCUUUAGAUGUGUGCUUAGGAUCAUUGUCGUGUUGGAAAAGGGCACGACGACCAAGGGCAAGAAGUGA